AUGGCGACCGGUCCAGCGAGUGUAAGGGUUUCUGGGCCACCCAACAGCAGCUUUCUCGUGGGCUAUCCCGGAAUAUCCGCGACGCUGCCCCGCGUCGAAGGCAAGGUAGAGAUUCGCCCUGGCCAGGGUUUCUCCAUGCCCGUCCCGAUCUCCCUCGUCCGAAUAGCGCUGCAGCGCCGCGAAAGCAUACACCCCGAUGCUGAUAACCUUGCCAAGCGCCAUCUCGGCGCCGCCCGAAAGGAUACAACCGACGUCGUCGGUAAAGAGGUGCUUCUCUUUCGCUGCUCCUCGGGCAAAGAGGCGGAGAGAGUCGUUGCGAUGGACCUCCCCUUUGUCCUCUUUAUCCCCUUCGGCAAAGGUGGCGAAGAGACGAAUCGCCGGAUACCGCCAGCCUCCCUGCAGCUCCCGAACCGGAUAGCAGAGACAUUUUACGAAAUCGUCGUCACCGUGCAACAGGGCCACAGCAACCAGUACAAAUACACGUUUCCUAUGCCCCUGCAACGCUACGAUACUCUCUCGACUUUUGGCAUGUACAACAAGCCCGAGUCCAAACUCGUCACCUCAGAUAACCUUGUUCACCUGGGAAUCAGCCUACCGAAAUGGAGCUACGGACCAGGCGACCCUAUUACCGUUUACAUAAAAGUGUCCCCCAACCUCGACUGGAUGGCCAAGGCCAAAAAGGUCACCAUAGACAAGAUAACGAUGGUGGUGGAAGAGGAAAUCACGUUCAACCCAGAAGGAGACGAGCCAACGAAAAAGAUUAACAAACUAUCCAAGCAGGUACAAGUCGUCAAGACCAAGAUGCCUGAGGCUGGCUAUGCCACCAAUAUUGGCCUUUGCUUUCCGUCCAAAGACUUGCGAGAUCCUGACGGGGUUAUCAAGAGGGGAAAGCCGGGCUUUCCCCAGUAUGAACUUUCCACCUUUACCACUCAAUCAUCACUGUAUAAGAUUGAGUUCUUCCUCAAUAUCAAGGUUCAAUUAAGUGGCGCGCGCGAUAUUGUCAUUCGACAACCCAUCGUCAUUUGCCCCCUAGACCAGCAAGGCUGCAAGGAGGAAAUGGAUGCCAUCGAGCAAGCCGCCAAAGAUGCUUCACACGUUGACCCGAACAACCCCAUGCUACCCGCGCGCACUAUCAUUCUCGCCCACGAUCGCGACUCGAUUCGUGCCCUUGGCCUCUGCACUGUCGGCGGAAACAAGAAGCCGUUUAUCGAAUAA